AAUUGUCCACUAAAAAUUAUGUUCAUCGUAUAUGAAAAUAAAGACGAUUUUAUGAUGGAAUUCCUGCAGACAACAGAGUGUUCUUGUAAUAGUGAUGUAAAUCCCAAUACAGAAGAGGAGCAAAAUAACCUUAGAGAUAAUGUCGCAAAUGUAGAGAAAAAUACUGAACAAGAUAUUGGAAACUAUAUUGAAACUAUAUUGGAUGACAUACAGUAUGAAAUCGAUUCCGUGGAAAUCGAAGAGGAUGCAAAUCUAAGUCCAGCAGUUGCAAAAUGUGAAGAAAUGAAUCUUUUGGAGUCCCUAGUUAAGGUCUAUCCUAUGGAAAUUGAUAGAAUCGCAUAUUUGGGACUAAUUGUUGAAAACAAUAAUAAUGAAACUCUUUCUAAAAGCCCAGAACAUGAAAUUUCUCCUGUGGAAAUUAUCCUGACAAUAAUUAAUGAGGCGAUAGGUGAGGAUGAUGCGGCUAGUACUUCAUGUGCUUCAGAGUUUGCUAAUGAAUUUACGGAAGUAGCUAGUGACGCUGUUACAGAACCUGUAACGGUUGUAGAUGUUGAUAAUAGCACAUCCUGUUCAUCAAGAGAGUUAGUGUUUGUACCUGGUACUACAGGCAUCAGUUUCGAUAAUCGUAGGCGUACUCAAUCUUCGUUGUUUUUUUUACGUCACCCAAAAUUUGCGUGGAAGCGCAUUCAACAAGCUGUACGAAAAGCAAUGAAUUGGAUUCGCAACUUAAGAACUGGUGAUGAGACGGAAGUCUAACGAACUGAUUUAUAACUAUUUAUCUUUUAAUCAUAUUUAAAUGUGUAU